UCCAACAGAAGAAACACUUUAGCAUAACCGACAAAUAAUAUCGCAUCAAACGCAUACAAUCUUCAUCUUCCGUUUCAAUUCACCGGCACAACAUCACAUGACGAGUUUUUUUCCGUUUCAAUUUCGGCCGUAAUCACAAAUCAAAACAGCAACGUUUUCGCCAUAAAUGGGCAACUCCCACGGCCACCACCGUAAACGCCGUAAUGGCCCCGGGUCCAGUGAAACGGCCAAUUCGGGCUUUAAAUAUGGUCCGUCGGAUCAAGCGGCUCAAAUCCCUAGCUCUAGCUCAACGUCAGCUAAGAAGACCAGCAGCAGCAUGGUGGUCGCCUUGCCGUACGCUCACGUCGACUCGAGCUUGCGCGCCCUCUCCGCCCAGGCCGAGGGCUUCGGCCGGCUCGCAAUCGGCGGCCUCCACGGCGCCGUUUACCACGUCACCACUCUAGCAGAUGAUGGUCCGGGUUCACUUAGGGAAGGAUGUCGUCAGAAAGAACCGCUUUGGAUUGUCUUCGAAAUUUCAGGCACUAUCCAUCUCCAAUCUUACUUGAACGUGUCAUCGUAUAAGACUAUAGAUGGGCGUGGUCAGAGGAUUAAACUUACAGGGAAGGGGUUGAGGUUGAAGGAAUGUGAACAUGUCAUUGUGUGCAAUUUAGAGUUUGAAGGUGGUAGAGGGCCAGAUGUUGAUGGCAUUCAAAUAAAACCCAAUUCUAAACACAUAUGGAUAGAUCGCUGCAGCCUUCGUGAUUAUGAAGACGGACUUAUCGAUAUCACCAGAGGAAGCACUGAUAUUACAAUUUCCAGGUGUCAUUUUUCACAGCAUGAUAAGACAAUGCUGAUUGGCUCAGAUCCCUCUCAUAUUGAUGACAGAUGCAUCCGGGUUACCAUUCACCACUGUUUCUUUGAUGGGACCAGACAGAGGCAUCCUCGUGUUAGAUUUGCAAAAGUACAUCUAUAUAACAAUUACACCCGAAACUGGGGCAUAUAUGCUGUUUGUGCUAGUGUAGAAUCGCAGAUAUUCUCGGAAUGCAAUAUAUAUGAAGCAGGACAGAAAAAAGUGGCAUUUAAGUACCUUACGGAGAAGGCAGCGGACAAGGAGACGCCAAUGACUGGCCACAUUAAGUCCGAAGGCGACUUAUUUGUAACGGGAACUCAAGCAGGAUUAUCCCCCGAUGGCGGUGAACAUUGCGUGUUUCAUCCUACCCAGCACUAUCAGACAUGGACAAAAGGACCGCCCGUGGACGAUCUUAAGCAUGUUCUCCAACAUUGCGCAGGAUGGCAGUGUGUUCCGCGGCCAGCUGAUCAAGGAUUAGCGAAGUAGCCUCGAGGAAACUAAUAUUCCCUUAAAUUCCCAAGUUUUAUAUGGUAUUCAAUUUUCUGUUUCCGCUUAAAUUUAGUCGACCUCAUGUAUUUCAUCUGUGUAAAAUAACCAGUUUGUUAUUCUGUCGGUAACAAAGAUUAAUCUGCGCAUUAUUUACGCAGUCCUAUUAUUCACCGCAUAAUAAAUGGAACCCAUGUGCUGGAGAAAUUUAUCA